AUGCUCUCUGGGACCAUCUUGCUGCUCGCCGGAAUCAGCGCAGCUUCAGUCGCAAGCCAAACGGUUGGCGUUGGCAGGCCAAACGAGCCGCUGCACAUCCGCCUUGGAGCCAACACUGUCCGUGCAGUCGAUCGAUGGAGGACUCGGCUGAACAAAGACGAGCCCCGAUCGGCCGCCCAGCCGUCGUUGCAACCGCGGGCCGUUGCUGAGUAUCUGACGGACGCGAGUGAUUCCGCGUACUCCAUCGCCGUGGCAAUCGGGUGGUGGUUCUCUGUCCAAGUGGACACCGGAUCGUCUCGCCUCUGGGUCGAGACUCAGGGGUGCAGCAGAUGCAAUGGACCAAACCAUUUCAGCAGCCAAAGCAGCAGCACCUAUUCGACAUCAUCGCUGACGGAAACCCUCACGUACGGGCUCGGGCAAGCGAAUGGGACCAUCUCCUUUGACUCGGUUCAGAUCGAAGGACUCACCUCCAGCAACCAGGCCUUUAGCGCUGUAUACUCGGUCGAUAAAGACAUGUCACCGAUCUUCUCGUACGGCAUCGAUGGAAUCAUUGGACUCUCGUAUAACGAUGGAAAAGGCGUUGACAGCAAGGAUCAAUCCGUCAUCCAAGGGCUCAUCAGCCAAGGUGUCCUGUCGCAACCGGUGUUCUCUGUGUGGCUCAACGGCUCGACGGAUGGCUCGGUGGAUGCCUUUGGCGGCGAGCUCGUUCUGGGCGGAUACGACAGCAGGCACUACACCGGCAGCAUCACAUGGCUGCCGCUCCAGCCCUACAUCAGCGACGGACAGCAGUACUUUGACUACUGGAGCCACCGCCUGGACCAGGUCACGAUCCAGUCCAACGCAACGAGCAUCAGCAACGCUGUCGCUAUAUUGGACACGGGCACGUCUCUGAUCGUGGUCCCUCAAAGCGACUUUGACUCGAUCAUCGUGCCCUCCCUUGGAAUCCCACUUACUUACGACCCCACCAGCCGGCUGUACCUUCUGAGUUGCAACAGUGCUUUCGGUCUGGCGCCCAUCCAGAUUGUUAUCUACGGCACAUCCUUCUCGGUGCCUCCGCAGCAGUACAUUCAGUACGAUCCGGCCAACAACGUGUGCAUCCUCGGGUUCUCGGGUUCAUCCGAUCUCAAAGGCCAGUGGAUUCUGGGAGACGUCUUCCUGCGCACAUACUACUCCAUCUACGACUACCAAAACCAACGCUCCGGGCUGGCUCUGUCGGCAGGGGGCAGCUUGCCACCACAGCCCGCCUUCCUCACCAAGCGCAAGGCAUCGCAGCGACGUAUCGUGCACUGA